AUGGCAAUGUCAGAGACUCAAAAGACCAGUCAAUCGGCUAAAGACUCCCCAUUCUCCAUAAGGAACCUUCUGAACUGUGACAACAAGCCCUUAAAACGAAAUACCUUUUUGGCAUCAGGACUAUUUGAAGGUGGCUUUUCUCUGUCCCGGAUCAGUGAUUUGCCUUUUCCACGUUUUGAGUUACCAUCUCAGCGAUUUGGACUAUCUGCGCAUUAUCUGGAACGAACUUCUACUUGGUGGUACCCUUACUCAUUGGGCACAUCUGGGCAUAUAGUACACACUGCAGCUUCUGAAAAAGCCAGUGUGCGACAUCAAUCACCGGGCUUGGAUGGAGAUUCUCCGCAGCUGGUUCAAAAAUCCCAAGUUGAUCUCAAAGAGGAUGACAAAAAAAGCGCUGAUGACAUGGAGGAAAGUGAUGUGGAGGAACAGAAGAGAGACGACGUGGGGGGUGACUGGAGGAGAAUGGAUGAUCAUUUAGAUAAAAACCCGUGUCGCAAAAAGAAAACGCGCACAGUAUUUUCCAGGAGUCAAGUUUUCCAGCUGGAGUCCACAUUCAACAUGAAGCGGUACUUGAGCAGCUCCGAAAGGGCAGGGCUUUCGGCAUCUUUGCACCUGACGGAGACACAGGUGAAAAUUUGGUUCCAGAACAGAAGAAAUAAGUGGAAAAGGCAGCUUGCUGCUGAGUUGGAGGCAGCCAAUUUGAGUCAUGCAGCUGCUCAAAGGAUCAUGCGUGUGCCCAUACUGUACCAUGAAAACAUAUGCUCAGAGACUGUCUCUGCUGGUAAUUCACCUGCAAGACAGUCGCUUCUAACAUUUCCUCAUCCCAUGUUCUACUCUCAUCCAGUAGUGACAUCCGUUCCUUUACUGAGACCAGUUUAG